CACGCUGCAAUGGGUGCAGUUCCUUAUUCCAGGAGCCGCACAACGGGUCUACAAUCUGCAGAACAAGGCGCUGAUUAAAUUGUUUGCCAGGAUUCUACAUGUGGAUCAGCAGGACAUGCAGAUGGAUCUGGAGCAGGAUGGCGACAUUUCCGAGACUCUGCGCAAGCAUUUCGCCACUUCCCGUAAGCUGAAGCCUCAAGCUGAGAGCAAACUCUAUUUGCAUGAAGUGGAGCAACUUCUAGGGGAGCUGGAGAAGCGCACCAAGGAGGACGAACAAGUGGAGGUCCUGCGGGAUCUGUGCAAGCAGGCCACAGACUUGGAUCUGCGCACCUUCAUCCGCCUGAUCAAGCAAGAUCUGCGCAUCAAUGCUCGUGCCCGGCACAUCCUGGACGCCUUUGGACCUCAGGCCUAUCCGGCCUAUCAGUCAUCCCGCGAUCUCACAGCCAUCGUCAACACCUUUGCUGGUAAAGCAACGACAGCAACAAAGAAAGUCAAGUCUACUAGUGGCAUUCAGGUGAUGACGCCAGUGUCUCCAAUGCUGGCCAAUGCCUGCAAGUCUGUGGAGGAGGCGUUCAAGAAGAAUCCCUCGGGAUUGUACAGCGAAAUCAAGUACGAUGGCGAGAGAGUGCAGAUUCACAAGCAGGGCGCCGAGUUCAAGUUCUUCAGUCGCAAUCUGAAGCCAGUGAUGGAUCACAAGAUCAAACUGCUCAAGGAUUACAUACCACGCGCCUUUCCCAGUGCCGAUGAUAUGAUCCUUGACUCGGAGAUCAUUCUGGUGGACACCGAAACGGGCGCCUUGCUGCCCUUUGGCACUCUGGGUGCCCACAAGAAGCACACGUUUGCCAAUGCCUCGGUGUGCCUCUUUGUUUUCGACUGUCUGCUCUACGAUGGCGAUGAUCUCACCCAGCUAUCAUUCUGCAAACGUCGUGAGAUUCUCGAGCAGAACAUUCAACCCAUUAAAUCGCAUGUCCAGUUAUCAGAGUCACAGUUUCUCAAGACCCAACGGGAGUUGGCUUUAAUGACAGCCAAAGUGCUGCAGGCCAAUUUGGAAGGCGUCGUGCUGAAGAGUCCCUCUGGCACCUAUCAGCCAGGCAAGCGCAACUGGCUCAAGGUGAAGAAGGAUUAUCUUUUUGGCGGCAAGAUGGCAGAUACGGCUGACUUGGUUGUGCUGGGCGCCUGGUAUGGCUCAGGGAAGAAGGGCGGCGUAUUAAGCAUCUUUCUCAUGGGUUGCUACGAUGCCCGCGACAAGCUCUGGAAGACUGUCACCAAGGUGCACUCUGGUCUCGAUGAUGCAACCAAUGAUGAAAUUCACGAAUCGUUAAUGAAGCUAACGGAUCGAGCGCAUUCUAACAAAAUUCCCACUUGGCUCCAUUGCAAGAAGGCUUUGAUUCCCGAUGUGCUGGCCAAGACGCCGGAAAAGAUGCCCGUCUGGGAGAUCACGGGCGCCGAGUUCACGCAGUCAGAGGCACACACAGCUGGCGGCAUCUCCAUUCGCUUUCCACGCAUCACUCGAUUGCGCAGCGACAAGACAGCAAAGGAGGCUAAUGAUCUGGAACAUCUGGAAAACCUAUAUGCAGCCUCCAAGCAGAAUGUCAACGUGGAUUUGCUGCUGGCUAACUGUGAGCAGAGCGACCAAAAUGAAUUGAAGACGAAAUUGAAGCUGGAGAAGACGCCGCAAAAGGGCAAAGCAAGCAACGUGGCUCAAACCAGCAGCAGAAAGAAAAAGUCGCCAAUUAAUGAAUCUGGUGACGAAUCCAAGGCACCAUCGACAAGUCACAGCUCCCGGAAAAAGCCCAAACUUGAAGAUCCCGUCUCAGCAUCUCAAGCAAAACUUAAAGAUUUCUUCAAGCCCAAAGAAGCAGCUGCAGCUGUGAAGAAGGAAAUCUUAGAGGAAUCAACCGUUGUCAAGGGCGAGAAAAGUAAUUUAUUCAGUGGUCUAGUUGCUCAUUUUGUGGCCGAUGCUGCAGAGUCCAAGCAAAUGGAUGAAUUUGUGCGUCACGGUGGCACAUUAACCAAUGAUGCACAGAAGGCGACAUUAGCAUUUCAUGACUGCAGCAAGGACAUCGAUUUGCCGCUAUUGAGGCCCCUCUACCGUCGCAGCUGUCGUCACCUCAGCGUCAAAUGGAUGCAAGCUUCACUGGAAGCCAAGACCCUACAGCCUUAUCCCCUCUACGCCUUGCAGUUGAAGCUCUAGUCUAGUCAAGAAUUGUAAAUAGAUAAAUAAUCAUUUAUUGUAAAUGGUUAUUUAACUAUUAAUUUAGGUUGAUAUGCUUGGAAUAUCUAUGAUGGCCAUUGGCCUAAUUGUAAAUAAUAUUGGCAACUGAUUGCAGUGAUAAUUUACUUAUUAACGUUUUUGCAAAAAAUUAUACCCAAAAUUAUAUAUAAAA